ACAGGUUUACACUAUUUAUCAACUCAAAACUGCCAAAAGCCGAAGUGUAAGCAAAGUGGCCACCUUGGCGUGCUCGUGUCCAUUCGAAUGGUGGUGAUAGUGAUCGUUCUACCGCCGCUGUCCUCGUCUUCGUAUCAGUCUCCGCCAGCCCGUCAAAAUGUCCCGAACCAGCCGAAUUCGGCAAAACCGGCCGAAUCUGCCGCCUUCGAACCCAUCCGAACUCAUCGAAUCAUCAGCGCGGCAACGGCCGCUUCCUGCCACUCACCGUACCGACGCUCGGACGACGGUGCCGUGUCCUACGUCCGGCUAAAAUUCAACCAAAGUCAACACCAAAGCCCACCCGCCUACCAGCCGUGGACGCCCCGCAGUAGGCGCUGGAGGCGGCAGCACCACCCCACCGACGCCAAUAACAAUAACAUAACCUUAAAAAGCUCAACGAAUAACAAAAACAACAACAGAAGCAACAGUCGAACGGAGCAGGCGCCGCCGAAAAGUCCCGCCAACCUGCGGUACACCUCGAGAGUAAUCAUUUCCGAUGACUUUUCACAGGUCGAUAUCCGGGCGGACGAAGGAGAGGUCGAGGCCGUCAGCCGGGAAGAGGAAAUCAUCAAAAAGCGCAAAACCGAGCUGACGACCACGCGCCAGAUCGAAACGCGCAUCAAGCGCCAGCUCCUGCUCGAGGAUGGCAAGGUCAUCGAGGACUCGGGCCCGAUCGUGUCCACCAACACGACGGAGGACACGGACCGCCAGGAGACGGUGCAAACCGAGCACCGAACCCUCGGAGACCCAACGGAGGAGGAAGUUACCAAAAGUGCGCUCGAUGCUGCUGGCAAUCCGGUAGCCCUCGAGGACGGUGGCACACAGAAACUAGUCAGUGAUGGUGGUGGAGGAGGGGGAGGAGCAGUUGCGGAAGGUAGCGGAAAACCAAAGACGAUCAGCGCCAUCGUGGCCCGGCCCGAUGGACUGCUGAGAAACACCAAGGAGGAGGUCGAAGUGUCCCGGGAGGAAACCAAGGAGUGCACCGUGAUGGCCGAGCGGAAACACUUUGGGGACUUCACCGACGAUGCUUACCUGCGCGCCAUCAACAGUGGCGUGGACGACAUCCGCGAGCUGCUGCUGACGGAGGAGGCCCGCCUGGAGCUGGCCCCGUCCGGCCCCCAGCUGGUCAGCCACAGCACCAAGUCGCGCAAGGUCGUCGACAGCGAGGACACCGACAUCCAGCUGUCGGCCAAACCGGACGGCACGCUCGUCACGGAGAAGACGCAAACGCGCCAGCACGAGGUCCUGUUCGACGACGACCUGCCCGGGGACGAACGGCUGAGCACCGGCAUCGAUCAGGUGGACAGCGCCGAGCGGAUCGUCGAUCAAAAGGCCUCCUCCGCGCGAUACUUCAAGCAGCGCGAUGAGCAGCACGUGGAUCUGAUCGACUCCGCCGGACAGGUCGUGGGCCACGAGAUGCGCUACUCGGCGGAAAACACCCAGAUGGAAAAGGACGCCACCGGACGUCCGGAGAACCUGCUCUCCGAGUGGGACUCGCUCUCGGAUCGUCUGCGAAAGGCCCGCCGGUUGGGGCGCCACUCGACGCCCAAGGAGGUCGCUGGGGUGGUUACGGGACUGCCGCAGCCGUUGAUCGAUCGGACGGAUGCGUUGACGAAGCGGCCGCUCGAUUUUGACCGGGAGGACGAGACGCGGAAGCACGAGACGAGCAAGUGGUUGGAGAGUCACUUUGGGAGUGAGUCGAGGUCGUCGCGGGGAUCGCGGGACGAUCUGGAUGAGCUGGUGGAGCCGACGAAGAAGACAUACUUUAAUGUGACGAUCAAGAGUAAUGAGGAUGGUCAUGGGUUGAGUUCGGUGGGGAAGGUUGUGUUGCCGGAGCGGGAGGAACCUGUGGGGCGGAAGUACUUCCAGGGGGUGAGUGAGUGGAACGAGAGGAAUCGGUACCGGGGGUCGCGGGAGAAUUUGGUUGAUGGGGAUGAGUACGGUGGGUACAGGUCGUCGGGGAAGUUGAAGGACUCUUCGUACAAGGAGGACUCGGCGUACGUUUCUUCGUCGACGUAUUUUACGACGCCGCGAUCGCCGAAGCACUUGAAGGAUAGUAACUUCAACGCGAGGUACGGACGGGAGGCACGAUCGGUGUCGCCUGAUCGUAUUGAGUACGUCGUUCAGGAGGAUCGCCCGGCGGUUCCGCAGCGGAAGAAGGCGCUGGAGAGGAAGUUGACGAACGGGAGUGGGAUGAUGCAGAAGCAGCACGUUGUGGAGGUGGCCCCGCCGCAGGUCAUCGAAUAUCGCGCACCGCGCAGCCGAUCGAUUUCACCGAUACAGAUCCCCCCGGCGGCGACGACCUUGCGCAAGCCCUACCAGAAGACGCGCUUCAGCAGCAUCCAGGAUCUUAGUCACACGUCGUCCCGCAACGGGACCGCCAACGGCAACUCGCGCGCCCAGAGCACGCCGCCCAAGAGCAAGGUCGGCUCGGCGAUCGGGAACAGCAUCCGCAAGCUGGUCGGCAAGAUCCGGUCGGCCAGCGCCGAACGCAAACUACGUCUCAAAUCAGCCGUCAAGCAAAGUCGAAGAUCACCCUCCCCGACCUCCUCGUCCGCCGCCGCCGCCGCCAAACGCAACAGCUCGUCCAGUGCAACCUACCAGCAGUACAACGUCAUCGACGGUCACAUUGGACGAGGAUACUCACCACCACCACCACCAACUCAACCUCCAUCGGCAGCUGCUUUGCAAAACCAGUCAGCCCAACGCACAGUCAGUCACAAACAGAACGGCAACCCGGUCAGACGUCCAGAAGUACGCGAUCGUGAUCCAGCAAGCUACGACCGGCGCGGAUCGUCCGACAUCGUGUCCGACAUGACGACCAACAGCGCGGGCAUUCCGAUCCCCAAGCAAAAGUACUACCUCGGCGAGAAUCCGUACGGCGGGAGCAUCUUUGGCAAGGAGAACAAGUACGGGGAAGGGGCGGCAGGUCGUGCAGGUCAACAGCAGCGGAUGACCGAGGAGAGGAUCGUGACGUCGUCGUCGCAUGCGAGGAGCUACAGUCAACCACCCCCUCCAACCGGAAGCACACUGGGCCGAUUCAGCAAGAGUACCAACCGGCUAACCUCCAACGGACACGACCGCAACGGAUCGUCUUCGUACGUGCAGCAGCAACAGCAGCACUACCAAACCAGCUCCCAAACCCUGCCCCGAAAGCUGUACGAGCAAAAGGCCAAAAGCAAACCGCUCCACUCGUCCACGAUCAACGUUUCGAUCGUCAACAACGUGUCCCCUUCGCCGCAACCGCCGCUGACCAACACGGGCCCGGUGAAACCCGCCCGCACCUACAAGGCCCUGAACCGCAGCAAGUCGUUCAACGUGCACGGCCUCAACGGAACCAACGACCCUAGUCCCAUCUACCUGGAGAAGCUCAACCGCAACAACUACAACUCGUUCUACCGGUCCAACUCGCACCUGGACGACCUGCAGCGGACGCCGUCCCGCCACCAGAACGAGUCCAUGCAGCUCAAGAGUCCCUCGAUCGUGAACCUGAUCAGCCGAAGUACGCGCGACCUCACCCAAAGCCCGCUGUACGAGGACGAGCGCGUCCACGAGUACUCCACCAACAAGAAAACGGUCUUCCUCAAGAACCUGCAGAACCGCGCCCCCGAACUGUACCGAACGCUGCACGGCGAACGCGCCACCACCCCGUCCCGCGAGUACCUCAACACCUACAUCAACCGCGAGCAGGAAUCGUCCCUCGGAUCCCGGUCGCCCCUCACCAUCAACAAGGACACCGCCAGCAUCGUGCGCCGCGGCAGCUCCAGCACCGAAGACUACUCCGAGUCGUACAAAAUCACCCAGAAGAACGAGGAUCCGGCCCGGCCCGGCAUGACCAACACGGUGCGCAACUUUAGCAAAAAGACCGUCCCCACCAAGGACGGCCGUGGCCUGCAGACGAUCGAAACGAGCGAGGUGCGCACCACGUCCAGCAGUCGCUACCGCAGCGAUCCGGCCGCCUCGGGGCUCAAGUACCAGGAGUUUCGCAACGGCGGCGCCGGAUCCACCGGCGGCGGUGGAGUCGUGAUCGAACUGAGAGGGAACUCGUAGAGUGGAUGAUUUUAAUUUGGUAACCCCACUUUUUUGCUGUGUGUUUGUGUUUUCUUCAAACUGUUUUUAAACAAAAAAAAACUCUUUUUUAAAACCUCCUAAUCGAAGUGAAGCAAAAA